AUGGUGAUGAUGACUCAAAGUCCAGGAGCUAUCAACAACUUUUGCUUAUUUACGGAUAUUGCCACUAGGCUCGAUCCAAUCACUCCUUGCAAAGUUAGUGUAAAUUCUUGUGUGGUGACAAAGGGAUGUUGCAGUAAUGUAUUUCAAAGUUCACAUUUUUCCUCAAAAAGCUGCUUUAAUCGUGACAAAAUUCACCGAUAUUCACAUCAAACAACAUCCAAGAGAUUACUAUGCCAACAACAAGAUGCGAUUUCUUCAGAUGAUGAAGAGUAUCGAUCAUCACGCAACAUAGCAAUAAGCUUGUUUAAAAGAUACCGCAACUUCAUAGACAGAGGAGGAGCUGAUAAUCUAAAAGAAUUCAUUAGUGCUGGGGUAAACGCAUAUGCUUUGGGGUGCACUGAUGAAGGGUUACGAAAAGAACUCACAAAUAUCAAAGAAUCCGGUAUUGAGAUCCAAGAAAUGCAAACUUAUGGUGGGGCCACCAGUCUUAAAUCUAAGAUUUGUUACCAAGAGGUGAACGAGUGUAUAUUGUGGUUGAGUAUUAUCUUCAUAACCAUAUUGUGUACACCACAACCCACCAUAGUUCGGUGGUCUCCAACGCCACCUGUCUCAGAUGAAAUCAAGCUUCAAUGGAAAGGAUUUUGUGCCAUCAUAGCAAAUGCUUACUAUUUAAGAGGAAUGGCAUGGCUUCCGGUGAAAACACUUCAACUAGAGCAAAUGGCGGUGGUGGGGUGUGCAGAAGAGCCAUCGGUUGUUGCUAGUCGAAUGAGACUAAUUUUUAGCACACUUGAGGUUGUUAGUCCACAGUGGCCACGGGUAUAGCAUGGCGAUUAAGGCUAAUAAUUAAAAAUAUUUGUUCAAAGUAAACCAUGUGUAAAAACGUAGCACUUAAUUUAUACUUGAUUUAAAGAAAGGGUGGUAUAUUUUGUGAACAAUAUAUUGCAUAGUGCUUUUGUCUUUUUUUUUUCUUUGAAAUACAUAAUAAAUAGUAUUGUAUCUUAUAAUAAUUGUUAACUUUAGACAAGUUGUGC